GCCGGUAGUAACAUGGCGUGGUCAUCUCGCUGGAUGUACGAGUGAAGAACGUGCUUACGCGAUAUUCUCCAAGUAUCGCAUUUAACUCAGAAAUAAUAAAAAACGCUUGAUCAAACUGGUGAAGAAUAUAUACUCGUUUGCCUUUGUCGUGACAACGUUUCACCAAAUAUUCGAUGAAAUUUCGGUGAUACGUUUCUGACAGCGUGUUCGCAAUGGCCGAUGAAUCCGCUCCUCUGCCGAAGAGGCGCCAAUUGCGUGAGAGAACCAGAAAGCUGUAUACAGACGACUGGACUAUAGGCGACGAGGAGAUCGAAGGUCGUAGGACCUUCCAGCUUGACGAAAAAAUCGAGUGUGACAGAUAUGACUUGAGCAAGUUCAGCGGCCUUUUUUGCGAAAUGACAGGAUCAGAACUAAAUCUAGCAUAUCUACAAAAGUAUGGUCUGCAGAUACCAUUGCUGUUCAAGGAGAAAUCAGGAUUGGGUCUACGAGUGCCGAGCUCCAACUUUUCCGUCAAUGAUGUUAGAACUUGCGUUGGUUCUAAAAGAAUACUAGAUGUUAUGGAUGUUAAUACUCAGAAAAAUGAAGAUAUGACAAUGAAGGAAUGGCAGAAGUAUUAUGAGGACCCUAACAAGGAGCGCCUCUUAAAUGUGAUUUCCUUAGAGUUUAGUCAUACUAAGUUAGAAAAUUAUGUACAAUCACCUGCAAUGGUACGACAAGUUGAUUGGGUAGAUGUAGUAUGGCCAAGACAUCUGAAAGACUCUCAAGUAGAAGCUACAAAUCUCCUGGAAGACAUGAUGUAUCCAAAAGUACAGAAAUAUUGCUUAAUGUCAGUGAAAGGUUGUUAUACUGACUUUCAUGUGGAUUUUGGCGGUACGAGUGUGUGGUAUCACAUUCUGCGUGGUGGCAAAAUUUUUUGGCUAAUACCACCCACUGAAAAAAAUUUAACACUUUAUCAAGAAUGGGUGUUGAGUGGCAAACAAUCAGAUGUAUUUUUUGGUGAUAUGGUAGAUAGAUGCGGAAGAAUAAGUUUAACUGCUGGCAUGACGUUGUUCAUACCAACUGGUUGGAUACAUGCUGUGUACACUCCUCAGGAUUCUUUAGUUUUUGGAGGAAAUUUUCUCCACAGCUUUGGUAUAGAAAAACAAUUGAAAGUGGCACAAGUGGAAGAGCACACAAAAGUGCCGCAGAAAUUUCGAUAUCCAUUCUUCACUGAAAUGUUGUGGUACGUUCUCGAAAGAUAUGUACAUGUGCUUUUGGGUAGAAGUCAUUUGGAAAUAUCUGAAUCACAGCGGCAGCAUUCUAUCCCAAAGCAACAUCAACAUGUGCAUAUCACGCCAUUUGAGUUGCAUGGCUUAAAAGCGAUUGUCAUGUAUCUACAUUCACUGCCAUCUACCAAGAAGAACGUGCCGGACCUGAUACGCGAUCCGGUUGCUCUUAUUCAUGACGUUCGAUGUUUAGUGGAUCAGCACAGACAUGAUAGUCCUGAUACAGCUGUGACUGGAAAUCCUGUAUUACCUGCACCUCCACCUUUGACUAUUGUUGACAGGGAAAGAAUAAGAGUGACCAGAAAAGGUUAUGUAAAGAUGCAGAGGCAUCACUCGGAGAAAUCUGAGAGAGCAUUUCCACGCAGAAGACGCACCAGAUGUAAAAAAUGUGAGGCAUGCACCAGGCAGGAUUGUCGAGAAUGUGUGUACUGUCAAGAUAUGGUUAAAUUUGGAGGUAGUGGUCGUGCUAAACAAACGUGCCUGAUGCGCCAGUGCCUAAGACCUAUGCUGCCCUUUACAUCAUCUUGUAAAGUUUGUCAGUUGGACGGCUGGGGACAAUCACCCGGGCCGUUAUUGGGUAAAAAUCCUACAACACCAUCUGGUUUAAUAGAAUGCAUGAUAUGCUACGACAUCGUGCAUCCGAAAUGUAUAGGUUUGGAUCCCAAAGAGAUAACAGUGAAUGACGAUCUACCGAAUAGUUGGGAAUGUCCGAGUUGCUGUAAACAAGGUCGAAACUUAGAUUAUCGACCGCGUCAACCAAAGGCUCGUGCACGAAAAUUAUCAGUAUCCAGCGCUGCUUCCUCAGCACCUACCACAGAUUCCGAACGGGCUAUGACACCAAGUAAACGAAUAAGGCCGGAUCCUAAUGAGACAUGGAAUGAUUCACCUGGGGAACCAGCCGAAGGUGAGCAGAGAAUGACUCAACAACGUACCCAACUAGCUAUGCAGUUGAUCGCCUCAAGCAGUAGAUCUUUAGUAAGGCCACAUGUAGUGGUCAGACCGGCGCCUCCACCGCCUCCACCGCCUGUUCAAGAAAUAGACAGCGACGAGCCGAAUCUGGUGCAUAACAAGACGGUGAUGCUUGCAAUAUUCCGAUUUCUUAAUAUGAAGGAUCUGCUUAAUUGUGCCUUGGUUUGCCGUACCUGGGCAAGAUACUAUACAGAUCCUGUUCUAUGGAAAAAACUCGACAUGUCACAUUAUAGCCUCAAGGCCGUACAUUUUCAUGCCAUCGCUCGACGACAACCUGAAAGUCUUUCGCUGGAUUGGACUAAUAUUAGCAAAUCACAUUUAUCUUGGCUGCUGAAUAGACUACCGCAAUUGCGAACGUUAUCCCUUCAAGGCUGCGCAUGGAACGACGUUCGUGCCUUGAAAAGCUGCAGUUGUCCACCUCUAGAAACACUGGACUUGAGUUAUGUUACCUCCCUGGAUGAUGCUGCUCUCCAGGAAGUUUUAGAUUCACCGACGGACUCGAGACCGGGUCUUAUCGAUAAGACAUCACGUUUAAAACACCUAAAAAAUCUGCUUUUGGCUGGAUGCGAUCUUACAGAUCGAGGAGUGAAGUACAUAGUUCAACAUCUGUUAGAUCUCAAGUCUCUGGAUCUCUCUUCAAUCGGCAGACUUACUGACACUGGUGUGGCACAAUUAGCAUCACUACCGAAUUUGACCUCGCUGAACCUAGCAAACAGUAGGUUACUUACCGAAACGACACUAGAGCAUCUAGCAAAAUGCAAGACAUUAAAACGUUUGGACCUGCGACACACAACUCAAGUGUCAACACAAGCUAUUAUUAAAUUUGCUGCUAAGAGUGAGCACAACCUACAUGUAACGGACGUUAAGUUGGUAGAGGAAAAAAAGAUCAAAACUGAAUUCAUGGAUACAUGAAAAAAAUGCAGCAUUCACACAGAAACUGUUAUUCAGUGCAACCAGUUAUCGUCGCGUAAAGAUAUCAUUCACGAACAGUUGGAAUCAUAACAGUGCAUUGUGCGAUCAGUGAUUUAUUUAUUUUACAUGAGAGAAUCUAUAUAAGCAUCAUUACUACACGCAUCUUUACGAUGUAAUAGGAAGGACCUGACUAGCAUAGGAUCUCUAUUCGGAUAACACUCACUUUUGAUGAAACUGAAUGCAAUUUUAAUUAGAAAAAUUUCUUUUCUAUUUGCGCUUACGUUCUUUUCUUUCUAUUAAUAGUUAUCUAUA